CUCCUCCUAUAGCGAGGGCCAGAAUGACAUUCGAUCGUAGGAACUGCUUGCUAUCUGAUCAAGAUAAAGUGUGCUUGGCGGCGGCGCGUCGGAUACUCUUGCUCUAUCCUAUGAGAACCAGAUUAACGCCCGGUGACACGCGUAAUGGUUUGGGAAACCAAAAUUGUAUUCGCUCAAUUCAUCCAGGGAAAGAGGACACGAACAGAACCUUUGGAGCCUACCCCAGUCUUACCCCAGAUUUCCCAAAAAAGCAAAUGUGGGGGACGAUUGGAGAACAACUGCGGGAUUUGGAAGCCCUACGGAACCGCUUGCCAUUUUUACGGAUGGGCCUUGGGGAACUCCUCCACCAAUUAUAUGCGUCAAGCGAUUCGAGAGCAAUUUAAAAGAGCGCAAGCUGGGCUGUAGUGACCUUGGACACACCGAUUAAAAAAGCGUUGCUCCCACUCCCUGAAUUGUCGUCUCUUCAGAUCUUGUCCACACUUCGAAUCCUUUCCAUCGCCCAUCCUGAUAAGAAACCAUACACCCCAUACCUAGAAUCCACAACAUCUGCGUAAUGGCAGACCUUCAGGGAAUCAUGGUGGCAUUGAUCACUCCUUUCACCGAUGACCAGAGUGCCAUCCACGAAGGCCGUCUUCAAAUGCUCGUCGAACGACAAAUUCAAGCCGGUGUCCAUGGCCUUGUCCCCGGUGGGAGUACGGGGGAAUUCACGUCGCUGACUCUUGCUGAACGAACGGCGGAACAACCAUGAUCGCUGAGGCGCCAGUUUGUGCCGCGUGGAUGGAGAGCUCGAGGGUCUCGGCUGUCGUCAGGCCUCCUGUGCCAGCAAUCACGGGCACUCGGCUGUUUGUAUACUUGACCACGAGCUCCGUGAGUUACUUGCCAGGUUUAUUCUUUGUAUAGUCAUAGUAACAGGCCACACCCAGGCGUUGACAUCGCGUGCAGGAGGGAAGGUCCCUGGAGCAC